AUGAACGACUUUGCAAAUACAGCCAGCUUAUUCAUCAUCGUCGCAAUUAUUGUAUGCGUCGUGUGUGCAACCAUUUUCUUCCUCUUCAGAGGAAGCCUCCAAGUGCACGAUUCUGCCAAUCAUGUAAUUCUUUUUUCGGAAACUCAAAAACAACCCAAGACCAGUCAAAAAUCUAAGCAAAAAACUGGCAAAGCUUCAAGCAAGAAGGCUUCAAAGCCUUGCUGUGAGAAGAGUGAAGGGGAAGUAACCGCGCCUGUCGAGGCAGUUGCAGUGACACCUAAGGAGGAACCCGCUGAAGAUGAAAAACAAAUAGACGUCGUGGAAAAUGUGGUGGAAUCACGGCCUGAUCCACCGAACCCCACCUCUCCCCCAUCUUCUUUACCAGCAACCGCUUCUGCUAAGAAAGGACCCUCAAGAAAGCCUAGUAAGGGUUCCACGCGACGGAAAUCGGUAGAGGUGUCUUCACAUAAUGGGAAUCUUUCGUAUUCGCCUAACAAAGUGGUCACAACCCUUUCCGCUCUGACUGAUAUGCAAAACAAGGUGAAACAACUCGAGAAAAAUCUAAAGCAACACAAGGCAGAUUUGGAGGCGUCUCGCCAGGAAACUGCCAAGGCCCGAUCUGAGUCGGUCAAACUGCGUCAGUGCAACGAAGACAUGGCGCGCGCGACCGAGACAUUGCGGACAAGCAUUGCCGAUUUGAAGGAGCGCAACGAGGCCAUAUCCAAGGAAAAACAAAAUCUGGAAGACCAAGUCAAGGUAACCGUGAAACCAGUGCCUGGGAGCCAGUCAUAUCGCGUGCUUUUUCGCUCUCUACGUUUAUUUUCGGUUACGUUUUGA